CUUCUGGCGCCCUGUAGUAUUGAUGUGGCGAAGUCGGUCCACUUCCACGUCAUUCGGAAGGAUCAGAAUUUCUGAAGACACGGAUGCGUAUGCAGAAUACAAAGACCAGAUACCUGUCAUAAAGGAAUCCUCAAAGACAUUCUCUCCGAGUAAAGUCUCGUGAAAGAAGUACUGACAUCAUGACAGCCGCCGAGAAUGUGUGUUACACCCUUAUUAAUGUCACCAAUGACUCUGAACCACCAUCAGAAGUCAGCUUGAAGGCUGAUUUAGAAAAGGGGGAAAUCAAAGCCAAGACAGAGGCUUUAAAGAAGGUUAUCAUCAUGAUCCUGAAUGGAGAGAAACUUCCAGGGCUGUUAAUGACCAUCAUCCGGUUUGUCCUGCCACUUCAGGAUCACACAAUUAAGAAACUGCUACUGGUUUUUUGGGAGAUUGUACCCAAAACCACUCCUGAUGGUAAACUUCUUCAGGAAAUGAUUUUGGUCUGCGAUGCCUAUAGAAAGGAUCUCCAGCAUCCCAACGAGUUCAUCCGUGGCUCCACUCUGCGCUUUUUGUGCAAGUUGAAGGAGUCUGAGCUUCUGGAGCCCCUCAUGCCAGCGAUCCGUGCCUGUCUGGAACAUCGUCACAGUUAUGUGCGUCGUAAUGCAGUCCUGGCCAUCUACACCAUCUACAGAAACUUUGAGCAUUUGAUCCCAGAUGCUCCUGAGCUGAUCCAUGAUUUUCUUGUGAAUGAGAAGGAUGCAAGCUGCAAGAGAAACGCUUUUAUGAUGCUGAUUCAUGCAGAUCAGGAUAGAGCUCUGGACUACCUUAGCACCUGUAUUGAUCAGGUGCACACAUUCGGAGACAUUUUACAGCUUGUCAUUGUAGAACUGAUUUAUAAGGUCUGCCAUGCCAACCCUUCAGAGAGAGCACGUUUCAUCCGUUGCAUCUACAACCUACUGCAGUCCUCCAGUCCUGCAGUUAAAUAUGAAGCAGCUGGCACUCUUGUCACACUGUCCAGCGCUCCCACCGCUAUUAAGGCUGCUGCUCAGUGCUACAUUGAUCUGAUCAUUAAAGAGAGUGACAACAACGUUAAGCUCAUUGUUCUGGACCGGCUGAUCGAGCUGAAGGAACACCCAACACAUGAGCGAGUUCUCCAGGACCUGGUGAUGGAUAUUCUGAGGGUUUUGACCACGCCUGAUCUUGAGGUCCGCAAGAAGACCUUACAGUUGGCUCUGGACCUGGUGUCAUCCCGCAAUGUAGAAGAGCUGGUUAUAGUGCUGAAGAAAGAAGUCAUUAAAACCAACAAUGUGACCGAGCAUGAAGAUACAGACAAGUACAGGCAGCUGCUAGUUCGUACUCUGCACUCGUGUAGUGUGCGCUUCCCUGACAUGGCAGCCAACGUCAUCCCUGUGCUGAUGGAGUUCCUGAGUGACACUAAUGAGGCGGCCGCAGCCGAUGUGCUGGAGUUUGUACGGGAGGCUAUUCAGAGGUUUGACAACCUUCGACCUCUUAUCAUUGAGAAGAUGCUGGAGGUCUUCCAUUCCAUCAAGACGGUCAAGAUUUAUAGAGGUGCACUGUGGAUUUUGGGGGAAUAUUGCAGCACUAAAGAGGACAUCCAGAGCGUGAUGACAGAAGUCCGCAGAUCUUUGGGAGAGAUUCCCAUUGUGGAGAACGAGCUGAAGAAGGAGUCUGGAGAAGUGAAACCAGAGGAGGAGGUUAGUGCGGCUCCAGCUCCUAAGCUGGUGACAGAGAUGGGCACCUACGUCACUCAAAGCGCUCUCAGCACCUCCAGACCAUCCAAGAAAGAAGAGGACCGGCCUCCGCUAAGGGGGUUCCUGAUGGAUGGAGACUUCUACGUUGCUGCCUCAUUGGCCACCACCCUCACCAAAGUGGCCCUGCAUUACGUUGCCCUCACCGAAGAGAAGAAAAGACAAAAUUCGUUCGUGGCAGAAGCCAUGUUGAUCAUGGCCACCAUCCUCCAUCUGGGCAAAUCAUCUCUGCCCAAGAAGCCUAUUACCGAUGAUGAUGUGGACCGCAUCUCGCUGUGUCUCAAGGUCCUGUCCGAAUGCUCGCCUCUCAUGAACGACAUUUUCAACAAGGAGUGCCGCAGAUCCCUUUCCCACAUGCUCGCUGUCAGACUGGAGGAGGAGAAACUGUCUCAAAAGAAAGAGUCUGAGAAGCGUAACGUGACCGUUCAGGCAGACGAUCCUAUCUCCUUCAUGCAGCUCACGGCUAAGAAUGAGACGGCAUCCAAAGAGGAUCAAUUCCAACUCAGUCUGCUGGCUGCUAUGGGUAACACUCAGAGGAAAGAGGCUGCAGACCCGCUGGCCUCCAAACUUAAUAAGGUGACACAGUUGACUGGUUUCUCAGAUCCAGUCUACGCAGAAGCAUACGUCCAUGUCAAUCAAUAUGACAUCGUCCUGGAUGUCCUGGUUGUUAAUCAGACUAGCGACACUUUACAGAACUGCACCCUGGAGCUGGCGACACUUGGUGAUCUUAAAUUGGUUGAGAAGCCAUCUCCUCUCACAUUGGCUCCUCAUGACUUCGCCAACAUCAAAGCCAAUGUAAAAGUCGCCUCCACAGAGAAUGGCAUUAUUUUUGGAAACAUAGUGUAUGAUGUGUCAGGAACAGCCAGUGACAGGAACUGCGUUGUGCUGAGCGACAUUCACAUAGAUAUCAUGGAUUACAUCCAACCCGCCACCUGCACAGAUGCCGAGUUCAGACAGAUGUGGGCUGAAUUCGAAUGGGAGAACAAGGUUACUGUCAACACCAACAUUAUAGAACUAAAUGAAUAUCUCCAACACAUCCUUAAGUCCACCAACAUGAAGUGCUUGACUCCAGAGAAGGCUCUUUCUGGCAUCUGUGGUUUUAUGGCGGCGAACCUGUAUGCCCGCUCUAUAUUUGGAGAGGAUGCCCUUGCAAACGUCAGCAUUGAAAAGCCCAUCCAUUUGGGUCCUGACGCCCCAGUCAAUGGCCACAUUCGCAUCCGCGCCAAGAGCCAGGGAAUGGCGUUGAGUCUGGGUGACAAGAUCAACCUCUCCCAGAAGAAGAUGGCGUCAUAAAAUCUGAGAUUGAUGCUGUUGUGGCAAAGAUGCAACUAAAAUACGCUAUGGUCAUUCCUAUCUCUAGUCUUCUGUAUUGCUUGUUUAUGUCUCUUCAGACUGCAAUGCUCUGUAGCCAAGAUCUAAGUUCUUUAAACCCAUAAAAUAUGUCUGAAGUAUUUUGACUUUUUUUACAAACAAGAUUCUUCUUAACUGCUCUACAAGGCAUUGACCCUGUUAAACUGUAAUUUGUUUCAAUAAACACUGCACAUGUAAAAUGAC